AUGGCUCAGACUCAGGGCAUUCGCUGCGGCAAUGGUAGCCUGCGUGGCCUGGCCUCCUCGUCCUCGUCCUCUUCAGCAACGGCCUCCUCCUCCUCCCCUUCCUCCUCUACGCUAAGGACUGCCAGUGAAUGGGCAAGAGUGCACCCAGUCGCAGCUGCAUUGCCGGGUGGAGGAGAUAAUAACAGCACUACUCCCACCACCACCACCACCUGUUCAGGGGAAACACUGCCAGUGCCGCUGCAGGUUCCACCACAGCAGCGCCGGGCUAAUAUAAUAGUGUCGCCCAUCCUCUCGCAGCUCCAUCCUGCUGCUUCCUCUUACUCUAUAGCUGCAAAAUCGUCCUUGCUCUCGGAAAAGUGGUUUGCCUCUACUGCUGCAUACAUGUCUCCGUCUAUUGCAAACCCGCUGGUUGUUUCUCCUACGCCCAUACGGCCGUUCUCGACCAUGGGGAACUCGAGGUUUAAUACUUCUGCGCCGGUGCUUAAUAGUGCCACCAAUACCGCAACCACAGCUACUACCACUAGUACUACUGCUGUACCGGCUGCUGCUGCUACACCGCAGCAGCAAAAGUUCACAUACCACAUCUCGGCAUCCUUCGCCGCGAAGCAGAAGCGCUUCAGUCCAACGACAAACAUAUUCAACUUCAACCCCUACAACCGCGUUCAGGACUCCGCGCGCCGAAAGUCACGCCCGGACGCGGGACAAGAUGCCUUCUUUGUCUCACGGAUUAACGAUAGUGGCGCCGUCGCCGCGGGAGUGGCGGAUGGCGUGGGCGGGUAUGCCGAGUCCGGGAUCGACUCUGCAGACUUCUCACACACUUUCUGCGAGCGCAUGGCUACGGCCGCGCACCAAGCGACCGCCGAAAGCGUCAGCGCAAAACAACUUAUCGAGACGGGAUACCGCCGCAUCCUGGACGAGGACGCAAUCGCGGGCGGCGCAAGCACGGCCUGUGUCGGCGUCGCGAAACCGGAUGGACAGCUCAAUGUCGCAAACCUUGGUGACUCUGGCUUCCUAAUCAUCCGCCAAGGAAAGAUCCACUAUGCAUCCGCCCCGCAGACCCACGACUUCAACACACCCUACCAGCUCGCAAUGAUCCCAAAGAAGCUCCUCGCCCAGGCGCGCCAGUUUGGUGGCGGGCCGUUCUCGGACGAGCCGGCGGACGCACAGGUCUCGACGCACUCGCUGCGCAACGGCGACGUCGUUGUCUUUGCGACGGACGGCGUCUGGGACAACCUCUCGAUCCAGGACGUGCUGCGCGUCGUCACGGACGAGAUGCAGAUCGGCAAGGGCUGGGUCAACAGCGCCGACGUGGGCAUCGUCCCGGCGCCGAACUUGGGGGGCGUGGCCGCGGAGACGGACGGAAGGGGGAUACAAGCGCAGGUUGCGAGGGCAAUUGCGACGAGGGCGAAGAGCGCGAGCGUCAGUACAAAGCUGGACGGCCCGUUUGCCAAGGAGGUGCAGAGGCUGUUCCCGGGGGAGAACUUCCAUGGGGGGAAGAAGGACGAUAUAUGUGUGGUUUGCAUGGUGGUGGUUGAGACAAAGGGCUCGACGGCACCGAAGUUGUAG